AUGGACGCGUUCUCCGGCUACAAUCAGAUCCUAAUGCAUCCUGAUGAUCGAGAAAAAAUGGCAUUCAUAACUGAUCGCGGGAUAUACUGCUACAAAGUCAUGCCGUUCGGGUUCAAGAACGCAGGAACAACGUAUCAACGGCUCGUCAAUAAAAUGUUCGCGGCUCAGCUUGGAAAAACUAUGGAAGUAUACAUCGACGACAUGUUAGUCAAAUCACUCAACGAGGAAGACCAAGUCGCGCAUCUACGAGAAUGCUUCGAACAAUUGAACAAGCACAACAUGAAACUAAACCCGGCAAAGUGCAGGUUCGCGGUCACCUCGGGAGAAUUCCUCGGCUAUCUGGACAAAGCACGAAGUGCAGAGGCUCACAGGAAGAGUCGCCGCGCUAAACAGGAAUUGAAGAAUUAUCUGGCGAGCCCACCAAUCUUAGCAAAACCAGUCGAAGGAGAGCCGCUCUUCCUCUACAUCGCAGUGUCUGCUACAGCUGUAAGCGGAGUCCUUAUCAGAGAAGAACGAUCCGAGCAAAAGCCCAUUUUCUACAUCAGCCAGAUAUUGACCGACGCCGAGACUCGCUACCCCCAGAUCGAGAAGGUCGCCCUAGCCGUCGUAGUCUCGGCUCGGAAACUGCUCCCGUACUUUCAAUCACAUUCAAUUUUUGUGCUCGCUACGCUUCCACUGCGCUCGAUCCUACACAGCCCUAGCCAAUCCGGUCGGCUCGCCAAGUGGGCCAUAGAGCUAAGCGAAUACGACAUCGAGUAUUGGAACAGGUCGUCUGCAAAGUCACAGGUGCUCGCAGAUUUCCUCAUUGAACUUCCCGUCGAAGCAACAAACGAGCCGACUCUAGACGAAGUGUGGACGCUGCACGUCGACAGCUCGUCAUCUAAACACGGCUCGGGAAUAGGAAUCCGCCUCACCUCUCCCACCGGAGAAAUAUUGGAGCAGUCUUUUCGCCUGAACUUCCACGCCUCGAACAACGAAGCGGAAUACGAAGCACUGAUCGCCGGCAUACGACUAGCACAGAGAAUUGGAGUUCGAAAGAUAAGAACCUUUUGCGAUUCACAGCUUGUAGCAUGUCAGUUCAACGGAGAAUACGAGGCGAAGGAUGGACGAAUGGGAGUUUACCUCAAAGUGGUCCGAGAGUUGGUGCGAAAAUUCGAUGAGUUCGAACUCACUCGCUUUCCCCGAGGAGAAAACACCUCGGCCGACGCAUUGGCAGCACUCGCUUCGACCUCGGACCCAGACCUCCGACGAACGAUCCCAGUCGAAUUCAUCGAACGUCCUAGCAUCGAAGAGGUGGAAGGAGUUCGGCUGAUAAAUCCUCCUGAACAAGAACCAGAGGACGACGAAGCCGCUCCUAUGGAUGAAGACGCCUCACCGGCCGAGCCGGAGUACGGCUGCGACAAAGAAUGGUUCGGAGCUAUCCGAGUGUAUAUCGCCGAUGGAGAGGUGCCAACCGACAAAUGGGAAGCCCGCAAACUAAAAGCUCAGACCGCGCGGUAUGUCCUCGUCGAUGGCGGGGUGUUUAAGUGGAGAUUUUCAAGACCUCUCAUGACAUGCGUCGAAGGACCGGAGGCAAGAAAGAUCAUGCACGAGGUGCACAGCGGCGCGUGCGGGAACCAUUCCAGCGGAAGGUCGCUCGCUAUCAAGAUUAAACGGCACGGCUACUUCUGA